AUGGCGCUUACUUCAUCAUUUCAUACAAUGUCCAAUGGUUCCGGUUCUUCAUCAUCAAAUCCAUUCCUAUUGCCUAAAGCGGACAUAACCGUUGCCGAUAGUCAAUUAAUUGAUAUUCUUCUACAUGAUCCUAGUAAUGAUCAUAAAAUUCAAAUAGUUAAUCGUUGGUGUAAAAAUUCUCGCCGCAAUCGUCUAUCAACUAUUCUUGAUGUUGCACAAAAGCGCGAAGUUUUAUCAUCUCUAGCAAAUACUCUUCAACAAACAUCCCAUAUUGAAUAUCAACAGAAUUGUCUGACAUUAUUAUCGGAACUUCAAACAAAUCUUUAUCAGUAUGAUCAACGUAUUUAUCUACCAGGAAUCAUUCAAUGUUUUUCAUCGGCAAACAACGAUGUUCAAGCGUUAGCAAGCCAAUUACUAAUAAAACAACUUCGUACAACUCAAGAUAUUCCCACAUUUUUAUAUCUUUAUUCUCAAGAUGGUUUAAAAUCUUCAAGUGUGCGCAUACGCGUCAAAUCUAUUCAAUUAUUGAAUGAUUUAUUAACAAAUACACAUCAAAAUGAAAAUUUAUCACCUAUUCUAGAAAUUCUUCUUCAAUGUUUACAAGAAAAUGCAUUUCGUUCAGCAUAUCAUGAUAUUCUUAUUAAUUCAAUUCAACAUAUGAAACGUAUAUUAGGCGUAGAUUUGUUUAAUAAUUAUCUUGAAACUUAUUCAUCAACAUUAAAACGAACCUAUUAUGCAUAUAUACCACUGAAAGAUGAUGAUCUAAAAAUAACCAAUAUUGAUACUGCUCUAGAAGAUGAUGAUGAAACACCACGAGCAUCAGUACAAGCAACACACAUGAAGGAUUUAAAAGAAAAUAAUAGUGCCCGUUUACUUGGAAAUAAUCAUGUGGAUAGUUCAAAUAAUCUAUUUCUUACACGGAAACCUCCGGUACCAUCACAAAUGCCUGUUGCAACAGCAAUAACACCGAAUGACAAUUCUGAAUUUGAUUCCAUUGUUGAGUUAAUGCGUUCAAAAUGGUUAUCAGCUAAUGAUGCAAAUCGGUUACAUUAUUUCGAUCUGUUUAAACAGGCGUGUGAAAAAUGUUUACAAUCUAUACGUGCACAAUAUUCAUCAACGCCACAUAAUCCGCAGUUUCAUCAAGCGCUACAUUCAUUUUUAACAAUUAUACUUGAUCUAUUAUCAUAUAUAACAUCAUCGAAUCUUGAAUUAGCAAUUAAAAUAAAACUUGUUCUAUGCACAUGUCUUGGUUGGCUUAUAAAACAUGCGCAAGUUAAUUAUUGUAAAAGAAAUUAUAAAACAAUUUGUACAAUAUUCAAAAAUAUUCUUCUUAAUGGACAGUCAAACAAUCGACAACUAGCAAAAUUAAGUGUGAGUUUAAUAUUAUUACUGGAGAAUUUUGUUCAACCUCAACUUAUUCUCAAUGAAUUAAUCGAGGAGAAUUUUGAACGUUUCAAUUAUCGUAUUCAACUUGAAAUGCUUGCUAUCGUUACGGCAACAUUAUUAAAAUAUCGUCAACAUAAUUAUGAUAAUUUAGCUAAAACUGCUAAAAAUCUUCUACCUAUGUUAAUAUCAAAUCGUCGUGAAUUACGCCAUGGAGCUAUUGAAUGUUUUACUGUAAUUUUUAGUUAUUUUAAUACAUACAAACCAAUAACAUUGGCAACAUUUGAAGCAAAUCCACCAAUAAAACUUGUUUUUUCAUUCGUUGAAAAUCUAUCUACCGAUGCAUCAAAUGCAUUACGUUUUCGUUUGCAACGUAAUUCACUUCCAUCAUUAACUGACGAAGGAAAUAUAACACCUGGUUUAGUAUGUGAUAUUUCAACAGUUAAUGAUCCUGAUGCAAAAUUUAUACAAGUUGUAAAUAUUCAACCACCAACACCCCAGCCAACAGCAGCAACAGCAACGUUUGUGGAGCCUCCAUCUUCAUCAGCGGCAAUAAAACAAACUUCAAUAAGUAAUAAACUACUUCAAUUAGCAAUGCCGUUAGCUGAAACGAUUACAAAAACAAAUACAAAUGAUGCUGUGAUGCCUAGUCAUGAAAUACCUCCAUUGAAGCCGCCUGAUGUUGAUAUUGAUUUAAAUCGAUUUACUGGUACUCAUCAUCAUUAUGAAACAAUUAAACGUUCAACAAUUGUUUCGAAUCAUAUACCCGGUGGAUCAACAUUAGAUUUUACUAUAACUGGAAAUAAUAAAUAUCAUCCAACAGCAUUUACUGAAAAAGUUUUUACAGACGAAUGGGCAAAAAAAUUAUCAAAAAAUAAUAAUAAAACUUCGAAUGAACCACAUAUAACUAGUCAAAAACAAGAAACUAAUUAUAAUAAUAUACUUCAAUUUCGCCCAUCUAUACCUCGUCGUUCAUCAGUAAAUCGUUUUCCAGCUAUGCACAAUCUUCUAACAACAUCCCAGGUUCAUAGCCAUCAAGAACAAGAACAAAUUGCAUCAAAACGUCACUUCGAUUCUGAAAAUGAUAAUGAUGAAGGUAUCGAUAGUGCAAUAGAAUCACGUUCUCUAUCGAUAAAUACAUUAGAAGACAAUAGCACACCUGAGAACGAUCACAAACAAACGAAAAAGCCUAUUCGAUCCGUACAUAGUAGUUCAACACGACGUAAAAUCGAACGAUUAUUUAGUAACGGCAGUGAUUUAGAUUCACCAUCGGCACGAACUAUAACACCUGAAAAUUGCAACGAAAGUGGAGUCUAUUCACAAUCAGGACGUGAAAUUGAAAACGAUAUUAACUCAAGUACAAGAUCGACACAAUCAAUAGCUAAAGAGCAAUUGUUUUCAACUAAACCACGUCUUGCUCGUUCUGGUUCAAAAUCAAAACUUGAUAGAUCUCAAUUACCACCUACAGAUCCAUCGUCAUCAUCUCGACAAGCCAAUGAUAAUAAUUCAAACGGUAGAACUACCCAACGUACAACAAAUACAAAUGUUGAAAUCAUCGGUAAAGGUUAUAUCGAUGAGCAAAGUUCUCUGAAACAAUUUUCAACUGAAGCUUUUGAUGAUGAACAACCAACAAACUAUAAAACUCGAACGGAAAUUAAUAAAGUUUCUGUUAAUACCGGUCCUCUUAAUGCAACAACACACACAAACGUUCAUCUCGACGGCGGGUGUAAUAUGGAUAGCGAACAAGAUAUUGGUGUUAUUGGUAAAGCUGUCAACAUCCCCCUGCGUACACGUCCCGACACAGAUUUAAUCAAAAUACAUAAUCAAAAUACAAAUACAAAUGCAAUGAAUAACUUAGUAAAUAAACCAAAUGAUAAUGUCGAUGUAGUUUCCGAUGAAUACGAUAGUGAUUCGAAAGAAAAUGAACAAUUUAUUGACAUGGGUCAAUCGCUCUCAGCUUCAUUUCGUUUACGUGUUCAACAAAAGACUCAGGAAAAAAUGGAACAAAAAGAACGUCGUAGACAAGAUCGAGAAUUUCGCCGUCGUCAAUUAGAAUUUCAAUAUCAACAAUCAAAUACUAAUAGUAUAAGUAAUAUUGACAGUUACUAUGAUAAUGAUCUUCCAACAUCAUCAACAUCAACAAGUCGAUAUUCAUCACAGCCGGAUCUUUCAUCAAAUGGAAAUGAUUUACCGCCAACACCUCGACGUCAAAUUGAUUCAAAUAUAUCUUCAAUAUUACCUAAUGUUCUUUCACAACAACGUUUUCGCCUGUAUAAAAAUGCUAUGGCUCGAUCGCAAACAUUUAAUAAUCGACGUGAUUUAUCUACAACAGACCAACGUAUUGCAUUUAAUCGACCAUUAUCUGAUGAUCGAGUAACUGACCAAUUAAGAAAUCCUGAAGGUGUUUAUAGAGAAGCUAUGGAAUCUGUUGCUAAUGACGAUUGGGAACGUAAAUGUUCUGGCCUUAGUUUAAUUCAACGUCUUAUUGCACAAUAUCCGGAUAUCAUAACACAAAAUUUACAUCAAGUUGUUUUAGUACUCAUUCAAGAAGUAAAAAAUCUUCGGUCACAAGUAGCAAGAAUUGCACUAUCAACAUUUUCGGAUAUGUUUAAACAUCUAAAACGAAAUAUGGAUAUUGAACUUGAUAUCACAGUUAAAGCCAUCAUGCAAAAAAGUGCAGAAAGUAACGAGUUUUUCAGAACUGAUGUUGAAAAGUGCCUUCAAAUUAUGGUUGAAAAUGUCACACUGCAAAAAGCAUUACAAGCACUCAUAGCCGGUGGAGCAAGCCAUCGCAAUCCGGCCGUACGAAAAACAUCAGCAAAAUACAUCUACAUUGUUUGUGAAAAAUUGGGCUCCAAUAAAAUAUUAAGUGGUGCUCGGGAUAUAACAGAACGCGUUUUACAAGUAGCAGCUACAUUUGCAUCGGAUGGACCACCGGAAAUUAGAUGGUAUGGUAAAAAAAUAUAUCAUAUGUUAAUGUCUUUUGAUGAACUUGACUCAUUAAUGAAACAUUAUCUUAAUCCAACAGUUUACUCACACAUGUGCGAAAUUCUCGAUACUAUUCGUGCUAAAGGUGGAGUCGGUGAAACACCAAGUGAAUCAGCAACGAAAAGUGGCCGCCGCACGUUAACAUCAGAUAAAAUUGCAUCGAAUGGAACAUUAACCAAUCAUUUUUCAUCAACACGUAAAUUAAACAGUGCUGAUCAGACAGAACAAAUUCGCGCAUUAACAAAACAAAUGCGCAGUUCUGAUUUUCGUGAACGAUUAAAUGGCAUUGAAGAGUUUCAAAAACUAUGUGAACUUGAGACAGAAACAGCUAUUCAAUCACUCGUACAAAUCUUCGAUGGAUUCAAUGAAUGUCUAGCUGAUAUGAACUCUAAAGUUGUUCUUAAAUCAUUGAACACAAUGCAUCAGCUUAUACCAAUCUUAGCCGAUGCAUUAUCGAGUGUAAUAAAUUCAUCAUUACCGAUUAUUGCACAAAGCAUUGCAUCGAAAAAUCGUGAUAUCUCACAACUUGCGUCGGACAUUAUCGAUACAGCUAUUGAAUAUAUUGAUAGUGGAUGUCUAUUACAGCCGAUUUGUACAUUAAGUCAAAAUAGCAAUCUACGUGUUCGACCAGAGAUCGUACUUAAAUUAGCUACCCUUGUUCCACGUGUUUGUCAACGUAAACCCAAACAAGUUGAAAUUCAUCUAUUACCAACUUAUUGGAAAUUAUUAGCAUUAUUACGUGGUCAAAGUACAACUGGAAUAAUAUCAUCUGGCGGUGGCUCCAGUAGUUUAAAUUCUUCAAUUCAUGUAUUAACAACUGCUCUCUAUUCUGAAUUAGGUACUGUUUUACUUGAUAAAGCAAGUUCCAGUUCAAUGGUAACACCUAAAAAUUUGCAAGUACUUCGUGAACUCUGCACAAAUAUUGAUGCUGUGUGA